AUAAUGGUAAAGGUCAUCCAAGGAACAAACUGUUUGUUAAGCUAGGAAAAGGUCGUUAGUCUAAUAAACUACAUCUGUGUUUUGCUAGUUUCUCCCACUUGUUUCCCUACAAGAUGGCUGACGGUACAGUGGCAGAAGACACUCUGAGAACAGGGCAAGGUGGUGAAGAGAUGCGGACCAGCUCUCCCAGGCUAUCAAGGAAGGCAAGGGAAGAUGCCGUGGCUGUGAAUGAGCCUAGUGGGGGGGACCCUGAUAAUUAUCUCCUUAACUCACCGUGGACGUUUUGGCAUGACGCUACACGAAGAGGAGCAACUGCCAAAGAUUUCUUUGAGAAUCUAAAACCUUUGUGUACAGUCAAGACCAUCAAGGCAUUUUGGGGUGUGGUCAACAAUAUUCGUCCCAUAGAGCAGUUGGACGAGAGAGAGAGCUACCAUCUUACGAGGAAUGAGAAUAGGAGACCUAUUUGGGAGGACUCUGAUAAUGCUCAUGGUGGAUUGUGGUCAUUCAAAGUCAGAAAGAUGCACACAACCAAGGUAUGGCAGGAGCUGUUGUUGGCUGCUGUGGGUGAGCAGUUCUCAGAGUGUGUGGGCGGUGGUGACUGUGUGUGUGGUGUGGGUGUGAGGAUAAGAGGGUUCGAUCAAGACAUCGUACAGAUCUGGAAUGAAGAGAGCUCGAGGAUUUAGUAUUCUCUCAUGUUUUGUUGGACUGGAAAUGGUCCUCAACUUUAUCAACACUGAGGAGAUCAGCUCUAGGGUGGAAUUGUUGGAAGGGUGCGUUGGUAUAAUAAUGUUAAUUUCAGUAUCUUCUAAAAGCUUAGAAAGAGGCCUUUUGAUAAUGUGUUAAGAUCAAUCAGAAAACCCUUUCAAUUUAGACCAUCAGAACUCUAGUUACAGAGCAGAUUAUAGUACCCUAGAAAUGAAGGAUGUUAAGAUGAGCUCUGUGGUGGAGCUGUUUGAAGAGUGCGAUAACAAUAUUUUCUGAAAGCAAAGAGUCCAUUUCAGAAGAAUUGUGUGUGCCUGUUAUGCCAUGGCCAUAGUCUUUAUCCGAAAAUAGCCUGUUCAAAUUUGUGUUUUGAGCAUACCAUCUGAACGAGAGCUUUCAGAAUUCAGAUUCAAUAUAGUGUAAUCUGCAGUAUGAGGUCGUAUCGGCAGACACUCUCUUCACGUUCAAUGGUGGCUAGCCUAAACAAACUUACAUUGAAGCUAGGAAGCUAGGAAGACUACAGUACCAGGUCCAGAAACUUGGUCCGUCUCAAGAGCUCGUGAUCUGAACUCUAGUUUCAGAGCUGAUCGAUUUACUAAGUUAAUUGUUCUUCUGUUUCUGUUGUGCAGGUGUGAGUGUGUGAUGCACUUUGACCCCUGCUAGCCGGUGCUGGUGGGGCCGGGGGAGGGGAGAAUGAGGUACAUAAGAGUUCCAAUAAAGAAGCAUCACUGGGCAAAGAGAAUUUUCAAGUCACAUGACCUCUCUCUAGGCUGGAGGUGGUUUCAGACUACACCCAUUUCCUGUUUUGAGGAGUACAACAGUGAUGACUAAGAGGGUGGUGGUUUAGUAGAUUAGAUGAUAGAUAAGGUGUGGGUUCAAUUCCCUCUUGGGGGACUUUCUUUACAAAUCAGUUAGUAAUUUCCCUAAAUUUUUAAGUCAUCAUAUUCCUUCUCAAAGUACAUACAAGUUGGGGUUUCUGUGAAAUUAAGUUUCUAUACUUACCCUUUUUUGGUAGAUUAGGUUCUUUGUAGAAGUGGCCGAAAUUAUUAUAGAUAAUGUGAUAUUCAUAGCUAACAAUGUAAUUGUGGUUUUGCUCGGCAAAUCUCUGUUGCAAGUGCACGUACUG